CCCCCCUCUCCCAACACUACUGAGUACCUACCUAGCGUGCCUAACCUAGCGUCAGGUACCUGACCUGGGCACUCCCCAAGCCCUGUUCCUCAGCUAAACAGUGUACCUGUCCUGUUACCUCGCUCGCUGUCAUAUCUUGCUGCCCCCAGAGGAGCCCGUCGAGUCCAUCCUGUUCCCUCUUCAACUAACCACCAACCAUUUUCCAACCCAGGUCGUUCUGAUGGACCAUCGACGGCCACGAUGCGUCCUUUCUUUUCUUACUUGAUACCCUUGUUCUUCCUCUUUUGGCGGUCCGCCGCUUCCGACUACUACGAGCGCCUCACCCUCAAACCAUUACCGCAAUCCGCCCUCCUCGCCAGCUUCAACUUCAAAUCCAACACGAGCCUAUCGCAAUUCGAGGCGCACGACUUUCGCUUCUUCCCCCGGUCGAUAGGCCAGAUACUGCAGCAUGUAGGAACGCGCGAGCUCCAUCUAAGGUUCAGCCUGGGGAGGUGGGAUGCUGAGAGCUGGGGUCGGCGGCCGUGGGAUGGCACGAGAGAGGGCGGAACCGGCGUCGAGCUCUGGGCGUGGUUGGAGGCGGACACCGGCGAAGAGGCUGACCAUAAAUGGCUGACUCUGACGAACGCGUUGUCUGGCCUCUUUUGCGCGUCGCUGAACUUCAUCGACGAGACGAGGACGACCCGACCUGUCAUGUCCUUCCAGCCCGAAGGCACCCACGUCAACUCUACCCUCGCCAACCUGCACCUCUUGCACGGCGUCCUACCGAGAGAAGUCGUCUGCACCGAGAAUUUGACCCCGUUCUUGAAGCUCCUCCCGUGCAAAGGGAAGGCCGGAAUCUCGAGUCUCCUGGACGGGCACAAGCUCUUCGACGCAUCUUGGCAGAGCAUGGCGAUCGAUAUCCGGCCUAUAUGUACGGGCGGGGAGGGGUGCGUGUUGCAAAUCGAGCAGACAAUCGACAUGGUUCUGGAUAUCGAGCGGUCUAAACGGCCCAGGGGUAAUCCGAUUCCCCGGCCACCGCCAGGUCACGAUCUCAAAUGCAACUCGACAAAGCCAUACCACUCGGACGACACAUGCUUCCCCAACGAUUUCCUCGAGGGCCAAGAAUGGACUCUGGACCAAGUUUUCGGCAAGCCCGUUAAGGGGGCUUGCCCAUUGGCUGGUCUCGAUGCCACCCCCGUUUGCAUCGUAGCCCCCUAUAGCCGGGAUGUCUUUACAGCAGGCGGCGCGACCGAGGUUAAGUAUCCCGACCACGCCACGCGCUGCUACAAAAUCCCCACCGAUGUGGACUUCUCCAUGGUCCUCCCCCGUAUGUCGCGGGAGGGAGAACACGGCAAGACGGAUGCGGAUGAGAUGUUCCAACCAGAUGUCCCGCUUCUCUAUGCCGAGCGCAGUUCCACGGGCCACGGACAAGAACGUGGCGGCAUCCGUACUAUUCUCACUAACCCGAGCCCGGAUUACGAGGUCGAGUUUAUCUAUAUGGAGAGCCUACCGUGGUUUAUGCGAAUAUAUCUCCACACUCUCAAGACACAGAUUAGCGGGGGUAAGCGAGGGCAUGGCAAGGAGAUACUCGAAGAAAUAUACUAUCGUCCAGCCUUAGAUCGCGUCCGGGGAACACAGCUCGAGCUACGGAUGCGCAUUCCGCCAGCCAGCACUGUUUUCCUCAGCUAUGACUUCGAAAAGUCCAUCCUGCGCUACACCGAGUAUCCCCCAGACGCGAACCGUGGCUUCGACGUCGCUGCUGCCAUCAUCACCAUACUGCCGUCCACCGCGCCCGACGCCCCUCACGCGCGAGCGAUAACGUCCAACCUACGGACCACGACCCUACUACUCAGCCUGCCCACGCCCGACUUCAGUAUGCCAUAUAACGUGAUCAUCUUUACUAGCACGGCUAUCGCCCUCGCUUUUGGGGGCUUGUACAACAUGUUGAUACGGAGGUUCGUCGGCGCCGACGAAGGACCCGCGGUCGGCCUCAGCGGCCUCAAGGGGAAGGUCAUAGAGGGCAUUAUCAAGCUCUCUCAAAAAAUAAAGGCCGCCAAGGGGAAAGUAGAUUAGGUAGACAACCGGUCUCGGUAUUGUCUUUCUUGGGUAAGUAUCAAAAUAGACACGAAGGGUUGACUCCCGUGUCGUUCAUUUUUAGCUUAGCUAUCAGCGUCUUAUCCCCAUGUAUGAUCCCCGAAGCAGAUAGAAUAGCAGCAUAGCGAAAACCGAGCAGUGAUAGACUAGUAGAAUAUCUACUAGAGGCACCAGGUCAACCACUAAUUAAGAAUGGGCGCGUUGCCGCCUAUUA